AUGACGUCUUGCCUUGACGUUACAAGGCGUCCCGACGGAACUGUCUCCUAUCUUUGUCGAGUGUGCCACUCCAACUACAAGCACAAAAAGUCGCUAAACAAACACUGGAAAGACAAGCACUCCGACGUCCAGCGGCCCGACGGCGUCGAUCCGGCCGGCGACGAGGACGACGAUGAGGCGGAGCCUGAAGGCGACGCCGAUCUGGAGGCUGAGGUCGAGGGUGAAGCGGAGGCCGAGGCCGAGGCCGAGGGCAAGGAUGAUGCAGAAGGUGGGCUCGAGGGUGAUCAGGAGGCCGCUUCGCGGCUCAAAGUGGAGUCUGAUAACGCCGGAGGGCACGAAGAGGAUCCAGCUCGUCCAUUGGUCAGCCUCAGCCCCCUCGACAUGGGCCCUGCUGCCCCGUCGCGUCUCUUCUGCUCGCCCGGAGUCGGCACAGUCACCGGUCGACGCUUGUCGGCACCGUUGGCACGAUCGCCCCUUGUCGCUGCGCGCACCGUCGCCAGGCACUCGGUGCUUGCGCCGCCGGCCAGCCUCACCUCCCUCCGUCACAUGACUCGCCCGAAUCCCCUCCUCCCGCUCCGGCUGCCGGACAACGGCGCGCCGGCCUCCGCAAAGCGCACGCUUUCGCCGAGGUCAGAGGUCGACGAAGUCACCUCGCCGGACAAACUCGCCUCGCCCGACCUCCUCGAGGCGGCCACCACACCCACCACUACCGCUUACCACCACCCGGCCAAGCGGCGACACAGCCUCUUCCCUCCCGCCUCGGCCGACAUUUGUAUCCACCCUUUGCAGCACCAUCAGCAUCAGCAUCAGCACCAGCAUCAGCAUCAGCACCAUCAGCCUCAACAUCCGCAUCAGCAUCAGCAUCAGCACCAUCUACCUCAGCAUCAGCACCAUCUACCUCAGCAUCAGCACCAUCUACCUCAGCAUCAGCAUUCUAUGCACUCUCAUUUCACGAUUGCGUCUGGCCUGAAGAAUGAGGACGGACGAAACGGCUCUGACGACCGAGUCAAUCAGUGCCAGGGGAAAUGCGAAAACCCGGCUCCCGUCACCAGCAUCUCCGGCCUUCAAGCCUACUCCGGCCUGGACUCCCUACUGCCCAGCUCCUUGGUCGCCGUGGCGACAAGGUUGCUGGCUGGCAAGGCGUCCAAGUUGGAAUGCGAAGUGUCACCGGAGCGACAGCCCACGCCACUGGACCUGACGAUGACGGGCGUCGCGAAACUGGAUAGUUUGGAUCGUGCCGAGGUGCUGAUGCGUCCCGCCCCAGACGGCCGAGGCGUGUCUAGAACUCCGCCGGGCAGCAGUCCGGUGAACCCUCAGCUGCUGAAGAUCCUCCUGCAGACAGCCGUGAACACUUUGGAGGCCGAAAUUGCCGGCGAAGCGACGGAGCGGGCCGGGCUCCAGUUGUCCGGCGCCGCGGUCAGUCUGCUCCACACCGUCGGCAGCAUCCUCACCAGCCUGACGGGCGACACGCUC